AGAAGCUAACGGUCUAAUCAGUUCGCCUAGUGAAAGUGAAGUGUAGUGUAUACUGAUCCUUUAAUCAGUUUAAUUAGUCGCGUGUCGCAAUUUAGCGCACAGUGCAAAUAGUACAAGUGUGUGUGUGUAAAAAUUCUAACCCAGCAUGAGAGCUCUGGGUGUUUGUGCUCUGCUCUUGGCAGUGGUUAGCUGCCAGAGCUUCCAGAGCAUACAACGCAGCCACUUUAGCUCAUCCUAUGGUGGACAACCUCAGCCGCUGCUACAAGCGGUGACGCCUCAGCUCAACGGCUGGGCUCUUACACAUUUCAAGGAGGUGCGAGAAUUUGCGAAUCGUCUCACCCAGGAAUACAACGCCAUGUCAACGGGUAGAAACAGCGGCCUGGCGCAUUCUCUAGGAUGGAGUGCUAACAUACUGAAGCUGAGCGGCAGAAGCGUCGAAGAAUUGGACGCACUUUGCCAGCAGAUUAGCCAGCAGCUGGUGAACGAUAUGCGCCAAGGUCUGAUCAACUAUCACAACAUCGCCCAGCCGACAUUCUUCGAUGCCAAGGCUGGUGAAGCGCUGGAGCGUUAUGCUAGCGAUGUGCAGCAGACCCAAAUGGAUCUGGCGCCAUUCCAGCCAAUGGAUCUGAGUGGCUUCGAUGAGGUGAAGAACUAUGCCUACCCCGCUGAGGUGAAAGUGGUUGAUGGCAAGACCUAUGUAGUGCAUCGCAAUUGCACAGAGGCUACAAAGAUUACGACCAACUAUGGUAAUGGUGGAAUCUAUGCGCCCAGCAAGAUUUCACUGCCUCCCAGCUCAAGCUCAACUUUGAAUCGCAAUUCGGCGCUGCAUUCUUGGAUGCAAAAUAACAUGGAGCCUGGCGUGCUUGGCUACAAUUCAGUGGUGAGCCUCAAUGCACCCACUUAUGGUCAGAUUAAUUCCAUGCCCAGCUAUAACCAGUUGGGCUCGCCUGGCGUUAGCUCCACCAUGACUGUGACCAGCUAUAAUCAAACCACUCGACAGAACGCGGAUGGCACCAGCUCUGUGAAUGGCGCGCAGCAGCAUCGCCGCUGGCAGAAUGGCCGCCUGGUCUAUGACAAUGUGCAGCCUUUUGGUCAGCAGUCGACUCAAUCGCGCGAUGAGCAGUGGAAGCGUGAGGAGCGCGAGCAUUUCUUCUGGUACUUGAACUCGCCACAGCGUCUUGAGGAUUGGCAGCGCCAGCAUGAGGAUCGUCUGCUUGGUGUAGUGCAUCGCUAUCACAUAAGCAUGCCCAGCCUAACAGAGUUUCAUCGUCGCGAGCUGUCGCUCUACAAAACGCUGCUGAAUCAGUAUCAGACUCAACUGCAGGAUUCGGCUGCCUGGCAGCGUCAGGAGCGUGGUCGUCUGGACUGGCUGAUACAUCAGAAUAGCUACACUCAGCAGGACUUUAAUCGCUGGCAGCAGGACAAUGCGCAGAAGUUGAGGCAACUGGCGCAACGUCAUGGCGUCUCGCAGGAGCAACUGCAGCAAUGGCAGCGCCAAGAGCUGCAGCGCAUGUAUGUCUACUUCAAUAAUGUCAACGAUUCGCUCAACCCAACGGUUCAAGUGCCCUCCUCCGUGCCAGACUCCAGCUCUUUAGUUAUGGAUAAUGCCCAAGAGCAGCAGCGUCUGGAGGAGUUGAUACGCCAGCAUAAUGCUACCAUAGCUCAGCUGCAAAGCUCCAUACUGAGUGAUCAGCAGCGUCUAAAGGACUUGUCUAUUAAGUACCAAGGAGAUAUGCAAAGCCAGACGCAGUGGCUGCGCGGCGAGGUGGCGCGCAUUGGAGAUCUCAUCAAGGAGCAGAACGAGCAAGUGACCCGAAUUAGCGCCUGGCAGAGUUCGGAGCGUCAGCGCCUGGAGGCUAUGCUGCGUCAGCAUCAGGGCAGUCUCAGCGAGCUGCAGCAGCAAAUGGCUCAAGAUCGCAACUACGUGCAGAAUCUGGCAGCCAAAUACCGCGUGGGCGUCGAUGAGUUGGAGAAGUGGCAGCGUGAAGAGCUGCAGCGACUGCAAUUGCUGGGACAGCAGCAAAUGGAGAAUCAAAUCAAGGACUGGCAGCAAGGAGUAAGCGCGCAUUUGCGCAACAUUGUGGGCAAGAAUCAGCUGACCAUAGAGGAGUUCCAGAACAGCAUAAUGAACGAUCGCGCGCGUCUGGAGCAAAUGGCCAGUACGUACAAGGUGCGCGUCGAGGAGAUUGAGUCAUGGAUUGCAAGUGAGUUGCAAAAGUUCAAGUCGGAGGGUCUGCUUAAGGAUAUGGAGCAGCAUUUGGCGGCUUGGCAGCAGCGGGAACGCGAGCGUCUGCAAUCGAUUGUGCAGCAUAAUUCGAUGACUGUCGAACAGCUGGAGGCAAAGAUCAAGAACGAUCAGGCGCACUUCUUUGAGCUGGCCAACACCUAUCAGGUGGGCGUGGAGGAUAUACAAGAGUGGCUCAAGAAGGAGCUGCUGCGUCUGCAGAGCGAGGGUCUGCUUAAGGCUGAAGCUUUGAAGGAUUGGCAGCUGGCUGAGCGCCAGCAAAUGUCAACGCUGUUGCAGCAAAAUAAAUAUUCGAUCGAUGAGUUUGAGCGCAAGCUGCUGGCAGACCGACAGCGCCUGGAGGCUCUCUCCAAGACCUACAACGUGCAAGUGUCCGAGAUUGAGCGAUGGAUUCAAUCCGAGGGCGAUCGUCUGCAGCGCGAGGGUCAAUUGCAUAUGGAGCAGCAGCUGAAUAAUUGGCAGAAGAUUGAGCAGCAGCGUCUGUACGCUCUGGUCAACAAGAACGUGCUCUCCAUCGAUGAGUUGAAGGCCAAGAUCAACAACGAUCAAACCCAUCUCUAUAGCUUGGCUCAACAGAAUCAAGUGCGCGUUGAGGAGAUUGAGCAAUGGAUGAAACAGCAAAUUCAAAAGCUACAAAAUGAAGGCUUGCUGGAAAUGCAGCGACUGCAGAACUGGCAGCAGGAAUGGCGUGGCAAUCUUACGAACAUGGUGCAGGAACGCGACUACACUGUCGAGGAGUUCCACAAGUGGCUGCUCGAGGAUCGCGCACGCCUGCAAAGUCUCGCCAUGCAGCACAAUGUGCAGAUCGAAGAGAUCGAACAGUUUGUCAAAAAGGAGGAGCAACGUUUCAUUGGCAUGGGCUUGCUCAAGCCCAGCGAGCGUCUGACCAACUGGCAGGAGGUGGAGCGUCUGCAUCUGAAGAGCCUGGCCCAACAGCAGUACAAGUCCACGGAGCAGCUGGAAGCUCGCCUGCGUCAGGAUCGUGAGCUGCUGGAGAAACUGGCGCGUCAGUACAGCGUGCAGGUGGAGGAGAUCGAAAGCUGGAUGAAGCAGGAGCUGGCUCGCAUGCGUGACGAGGGCAAGCUGCAGAUCGAUAAUCUGACAGCUUGGCAAAUGGCUGAGCGUGUGCGUCUGGAGAUGCUGCUGAAGCAGAACACGCAAUGGAGCGCUGAGGAUCUGCAAGCCGAGUUAACGAAAGACCGCGAGCACAUGCAGACAAUGGCAUUCCAAUAUCACACUUCCACCGAGGAGAUCGAGCGCUGGGUGCAGUCGGAAAUUCAGCGUCUCCAACAGCAGGGCAAGCUCAACAUCGAGCAGUUGACUGCCUGGCAACGCGCCGAGCAGCAGCGCAUUCUCUCGCUGCUCCAAUCCCAUGGCAACAUCACCGUGGAGCAGUUCGAAUUAAAGGUGCAGAACGAUCAUCGUUUCUUGCAGAGGCUGGCCGAUCAGCAUCAUGUUAGCGUUAAUGAGAUCGAGAGCUAUAUCAAGAAAGUGAUUGAAGAUCUGCGCAACAAGGGACAAUUCGAGAUCGAGCAACUGCAGCUGUGGCAAUUGUCUGAGCGCGACUACAUCAAGUCAAUGAUAGCCGAGUAUAAGAACGGAUUGUCUACGGCGGAGUACGAACAGAAGCUGCUUGCGGAUCGUGCGCAUCUGAAUCAGCUGGCCGAUCAGUAUCGCAUCAAUGUGGAGCAGAUUGAGGAGUGGAUGAUUGCAGAGCUGAAGCGACUGCGUGGAAACACUGAGAGCUCGCUCAAGACACUGAGCGCCUGGCAAGUGUCUGAGCUGGAGCGUCUACAAACUCUGGUGCGGGAACAGAAUCAUUUGAGCUAUGUGGAGUUCGAGAUGGAGUUGCAGCAAGAGCGCGAUCGCCUGCAGAAGCUGGCCAAUCAGUACUCGGUUAAUGUGGAGGAGAUUGAGCAAUGGCUGCGUCAACAGUUGAUCAAUCUGAAGACCACAGGCAAUGCCAAGGUGGAGAAUCUAACCAAGUGGCAGCUGUCCGAGCAGGAGCGACUGAUUGAGCUGCUGCUCAAGCAUCAGCAGGACUUGACCUAUGAACAAGUGGAGCAGGAGCUGAGCAAAGAUCGUGCACGGCUUGAAAGCUUGUCGCAGACGAAUCAUGUGAGCAUUGAACAGGUGGACAAAUGGCUGCAUGACGAGCUAAAGCGUCUGCAGAGCUCGGGCCUGGUGCAAUUCGAAAAGCAGGAACAAUGGCAGCAACAGAUUAGCCAAGGCUUCAACAACUGGCUGCAACAGCAGCGCGACUCCACGAGCUAUCAGGAGUUUGUGGACUUCCUGAAGCGCGACAAGGCGAGACUUAAUGGCAUUGCUAGCGACUAUCAUGUAACAGUGGAGCAGGUGGAGCAAUGGGUGCAAAAGGAAACCGCCAGGCUGUCGCUCAUCGGAGAAAUCGAGAAGCCACAAGAGCAUGUCAAAUAUGAGGAAAUUGUGCACAUUUGGGAUCAGAACAGCGACGCACAGCCCUGGAAGGAGCAGCUGACGGCUCGUCUACGCAGCGAGCUCUCACUGCAUCCCAUGAGCUGGCAAGAGUUUGAGCUGUACGUGGCACGCCAGCGUCCCCAAUUUGAGCGUCUGGCUCGACAGUAUCACAUUACAGUCGAGGACAUUCAUCUGUGGCUGCAGCAUUCAGCCAGACAGCUGGCUCAGGAGGGCUUCAUUUCGGGCUCUCUAACCGUGGAGGAAUGGCAGCUGAAGGAGCAGCAGUACAUUCAAGACUUGAUCAACCAACAGCUACGUCGUCGCCAGAAGUGGAACAUUGAGGAGCUGCGUCUUAAGCUCAUCAACGAUCAGCAGCAUUUGCUGGACGUUGUGCGCAAAUAUCAAAUCAGCUUCGAGGAACUGAAGGCCUGGUACAACACCGAGCUGAAUCGUUUGCUGCAGCAGCGCAAGAUCGAGCAGGGCAGUCGCGUCAGCUGGCAGACCACAGAGCUGGAGCGCAUUUAUCAAACAGUCAUACGUCAUCCCAUUAAUCGGGCUGCCCUGGAGCAGCUGCUCAUGCGUGAUGUGCACACGCUAGCAAUGAAAUAUGGCAUCAGCAUUGAAGAGCUGCGUUUGUUUAUACGCGAGAAGCUGCAGCGGCUAUACGACAUGGGUUUGAUUGUGGACAAUCAGCAGAUGGGCAGUGACUGGAAGGAGCAGGAGCGUCAGCGUCUGCGCCAAAUCGUCUCGAGCGUUAUUAUCACCGACCAGGAACUGCUGGAGCUUAUUUCGCUCGAUAGCAACUAUCAGAAUGAGCUGGCGCGUCUUUAUGGUGUUAGCUUGAGCCAAUUGGCUCCAGUGCAGCGCAUACACGUUGGCAACAUAGCCAAGGAGCUGCUGUUGGAGCAGCGUCGCCUCAACAUGCUGACCAGCUGGCAGCAGAAGGAGCGUGAUCGCCUCUACGACUUCAUUGGCACUCAGAACAUGACGCUACGUCAGUUGCGCGACUGGCAGCGUCAGGACGAGCAGCAGCUGCAGCGCGUGGCCCAACAGUAUCUCAUCUCCUUGCAUGAGCUCAAGGCCUGGCAACUCAAGGAAUUCGAACGCAUUAUGGCUGUGGCUCGCUAUUAUGGCAUGUCUUUGAUUGAGCUGCAGCAAUUCCGCGACGAGGAGCUGCAAUUCUUGAGCUAUUUGAACCAUCGCAAGCUGUUGCCCGAAUCGCAGGUGCAGAGCUGGGAGAGCAAGCAGCACUGGCGUCUGCAGCGUCUGCAAACCAAAUACAGCAAGUCUGGCCAUGAGCUCAAUCAAUGGCGCCGCGUCCUGUACUUGUUGAGUCAGGGUCUGAUUGAUUUGCCUGCUGGCAAUGGCGGUUAUGUCGUAGAUGGCGGCAGCACCAAUUCCACGGGCGAUCACAAGCCGGUGUUCUCCAAGGAUCGCGGCGAUCAGCCACCGCAUGUGUAUGAGGAGGCCUCUAACGAGGAUGAGCCACAGAUUGAGGGUGAAACCAAGGCGCCGCCCAUGCCAAUGCCCAUGCCUGUUGUCUCCACACCCGCUCCUUUGCCCUAUCAGCGUGGCGGCGCCGGCGGAAAUGGCGGCUAUGAGUAUCGUCGCACGGAUUACACUUUCAAUGUGCCAGUGGGCCAAGUUUCGGCUUCAGCAGCUGGUGGACCAACUGGCUCUUCGGCCAGCGCUAGCGCUAAUCUGGGCAAAUGGAGUCGUGCCGCUGGCGAGGAGCCACAAAAGCAGCAGGAGUUGGAUUUGGGUCAGCAGCAGCAGGUGGAUCUGGGCUGGCAGGAUGGUGAGCAGGACGGUGGCCAGCAGCAACAGCAGGAGCUGGAUGCUGACUGGAACAACUACAAACUGGAUGGACAACAGCAGCAGGAGCUCGUCGAUGACAAUGGCGAGCUGGGACAAGUUCAAGUAGAGGAUCUUACCGAUCUUAGCUAUGGCCAUAAUGCCAACUCUCAGGCACAGCCACUGAGCACAACACCCCAGCCCAGCACUCUGACUAAAUUGAAAAAUAAGGUCACGGACUUUCUUGGUUAGCCAAUUGUAAAGUUACCAACAACUGCCACAAAGACUCGGAAAACGAGAAGAUUAUAAUUCAUUGGUAUAAUUUUCUGCACAAGUUUUUCUUUAAUCUGUUUAGUUAAGCUUUGAAGAAAAAUAUGUUUUCGUCUUUUAUUUUCUGCUAAAUACUAGUUACUAUACAAGGAAGUUC